AUGGGUGAUCCUUUGGAUUAUGAGACGUUGAAUACCGAUUUUGAUUUUGCUGCUAAUUUGGCAUUGUUUGACAAAGCGGCAUUCACCAAACAAAUUGAUCAUGUCGCCCUUGGGUUGAAUUCGAGUGGUUCAAAUUCGCGUAAUUACAACCACGAUGAGAAUGUUCUUUUGGAUUCGUCUCGCGUUAUUUCUUGGACCACAAAUAAUCUUGCCCCAUCAUCUAGUGCUGCUGUAAAAAAUUCUGUUGGGAUAAACGUUGCUCAUCAUUCUCCAAAGUCUUGUCCUCAUCGUCGCCAAUAAAAAGGAUAUAUACAAUCUUCUCUAUAUAUGUUAAAGUUUUUUUUGUUUUUUGACUAUUUCCGUUUUUUUAUUGUUACUACAAUUACACAAAAAUAUUUUAUAAAAAAUGCGUGUAUUUAAGCUGGUUUUAGGGGUACACCCAACGUAUUGCGAGGCCAACGUCCCGCAGAGCUAUAGCUUUGUUCAAAAUGGUCGAAUCAUGGACGCCCUGAUAUGGUUCGAUUUAGAUCGUCGAGAUGCAUCGAACCAUACCAAUGCGCCACUGAUUCGACUAUUUUGAAAGAAGUUAUAGCUCUGCGGUACGUUGGCCUGCUCCCGUUUUUUAAGUAUUUCCUCUAGAAUAAUUUUUCUGAAAAAUUUUCCCUAGGAAAAAAAUUUUUUUGCUUUACUUUUUAAAGGGCAAUUAUAUCUCUUAUUUAUUCCAACCUCUUUUUUUGUUUUUUUUUCUUUUUUUAAGUAAGAAAAGUUGAGAUUAGAAUUUAACGAAAUUAAGUCGACAUUAGGAUAGAUUUUUUUAUCGUUAAUUCCUUUAAUGUUUUGGAGAGUUUGGACGUUGAAAAGGGAAGGGUAUAGACUAGAAUUUUUUUUGAAUUCUUU